UCUGGGGGGUAUGUCCCUAGAUUGAGCUGCCUUUGGCAGCAUGGGAGUUACUUUUAGCAACUCCCCGUACUUUCCAUCUCAUUGUAAAAUCUGCAUGUCUAGCCAAGUACCCCACUUUGCAACUUCUCUCUAUACCAUUGAUAGCACACUAUACUAAUGUACUACAUAAGCCACUUUUAGUAGCAUAUUUUCAAACUCCCACACACAAUAGACAGACAGAUGUUGUUUUGCAGCAGUUUUCAUUCAUAAUCGCUUAAUUGGCCAGUAACAUGCACAUGGGGUGGCAGUGUGUGCUCAAGCCACUGCAUUCCUGCACUUAUGCUCCAAAAGAGCUUUUUUUUUCUCUCUGUCAUAAAGAUCGUCAACAACUACAAAAAGUUACCAGAUUCCAAACCUUGCUUGCUGCAAGUUAUUGGGAAAGAAAAAAAGGAUUUUAGCUUUAAAAUUAAUGGAAUACAGGGUCUUGUAGGACUUUACAAUAAAAAAUAAUAAUAAUUGCAAUACACUAUUAAGUGUUAAUAUGCAAAAAUUCAAUUUAUAGUUUUUAGAUCAUAAAAGUGUUUAUAAGACCUAGUGAAUAGGAAUAAAGAAGGAUUGGUUUACUUCUUAUGGAGUUUUACCAUAUUUAUACCAGAGGCAACCCACAGUAUCCGUAAUCUCCUCUAACACUCCAAUCCUCCGCAAGAAAAAGUUGUGGCUCGUGAUGCUUGAAAAGUACCUUUUUGAUAAUAAGUGUUGUCAUUUUAAUAUCCUCUGCACAUUGCUAUAACUGCAGAAGUGGCAACACUGCAGCAGUGAUCUUUAGGUGGUUAAAGAAACAUUAAACAUUAGAUAUCCCCAUGUAAUAUGAUAAUAAUGCAUAUCUUUAGGUCCACAUAAGAAAAGAAAUUGUUUUUCUGGUAAUUGGCAAAUCCAUAAAAAACUAGCCAGGUGGCAACCCUACUAGUCUGUCUGCUUAAGAUUUAAUACCAGUUAGCAUCAAAUGGGUUGUCUUCAGUCAAAGUCUCGUCAGGCCAGUAAGGAAAAAGAAAAUGAUACAAAUAAGUCCUAUUCCUGGGAUAACAAGAAAAAGCUCAAUCCAAAAGAUUUUACCAUAGAAAACUUGAAGGAUGAAACUGCUGGAAGAUUACCGGGUACAGUAAAUGGAGAACAGUUCAUAAUACAAAAUUGCAUGAAUUGUAACAUAUACAUCUUUGACCACAUCAGCACAGUAACUGUGGAUGAUUGUAUCAACUGUAAUAUUUUCGUGGGUCCUUCAAGAGGAAGUGUAUUUUUACGAGGCUGUGAAGGAAGCAAGUUUAUGAUUGCAUGUCAGCAAUUUCGUGCCAGGGAUUGUAAGAAACUUAACCUGUUUUUGUGUUGCUCUACUCAACCAUCAAUAGAAUCAUGUACUGGAAUGAAGUUUGGCUGCUUUUCUUAUUUUUAUGAAGAACUAGAAGAACAGUUCAAGAAGGCAGGAAUUAGCAUUUUUAACAACAACUGGAACAAUGUUCACGACUUCACUCCUGUAGCUGGAGAGCAGAACUGGACUCUCGUACCUCAGAACAUUAAAGUUGAAGAGUUUCUGCCAUUACCAACAACAAAUGAAUUCUCUCAUAUGAAAAUUUCUAUGGAACCGUCCAGUAGUGUUGUUCCUACAACUUUGGGCAUCAGAAGCAAGAUGUCAAAACAGAGCUGCCUAGUGGUGUUCUUCUCAGAUGGCCAAGCUCAGCAAAGGGCCUUAUCAUUCAUAAAAAAACUUGAGCUAACUAAUAAUGUUUUGAUAAGAACUAAACAAGUCCAGCUUGAGAAAAAUGAUGCUGAGAGAGUGUUUGGUUCCAGUUCUUAUAACAGCGUUAUCUCCAGAGGUCAUGUCAUUGCUUUGGAAUACAAUGGUGAUGAAUCCAUCACAGCUUGCCAGGAUACAGCAAAAGCCAUUUCUACUGAGACUGGUUUAACAGGUCUGGUUUAUGUCAGCACAUGUCCUGAUGCAGCAGCACAACAAAUAGAAAACUUUUUCAACUUUGCUGAUAUGCACAUGUCUGUGUGACCUUUCUAACAUCUUUGUUGCAUUUUAUAUAUAUAUCACACUAAUAGCACUUGCUAUGAAAAAAAGCUACAGAAGUCAAGUCACUGUGUGUGUGUGUGUGUACGUUUAAGAGCAGCUUGAUGUUAAGACUGAAAAGUUAGAAGUUUGUUUUUGUGUUAAAAAUGCUCAGUGUACUGGAUUAUUUUGCAACAUCCAUGAAAUUGUAAGCAGAUCAUGUCAACCUUCUAGUCAUUUUAAUCAUUGAAAUAAUAGAUUGAAAAAUAGAAACUACGAUAAUAGCUUUAUGUUUUGCAUAUGAAUAUUUGAGCAGUUUUAGUUAUUGUCAGUUUCUUAAGACUGUGUGUUAUAGUUGGGUUAAGCAAUUUUGUAUGAUAUGUCUCAUAUAUUUAUGUAGCACAUGCUGUGUAUUGCAUGGGUGUACUGAAUACACCAAUCAAACUCGUAAGAUAUGCAUGACUUUGUUUUGUGUAACAUGUUAUAUUGUGUCAGCAUCGUGUUUUUGAUUGUGAACAGCGUGACAAUUUUAUAUAUUGUCCUUGAAACGGACCUGUGGUGUUAACAGGUUAUAAUUAGAAUUUUUGUUCUGAAGUCUUUAUCUUUUCCAAUGGCUGUUUAAUCUAGUAGUCACACACUGAUAAGUACUGACCACUGCAUAUGACCAAACAUAAUAUCAAUACAAUGCAUCUGAUUCAUAGUUUGAAAGAAGCAUUUUAUACUUAUCUGUGGUUGUUUAUAGCAGUCAUGUUUUUCUUUUUUUAAAUUAAUAAUGUGGAUGGUUGAAAGUAUAAGUUUUUACUACAUUCUUUUUAAGCACAUAAAACCAUAAAUAACAUUAGUUUGCAUUAUAAUAAAGACAAAAUUUUAUGAGAGGUAAAAUGAUAAAUAUUGGAAUCAAUAAUAAUAUGAAUAACAUGUACUGUAGAUUUGUGAAAAGUCAAAAUACACUGAGAUACAUUAGCUUUAGAAAAAUUCAGCCAUUAAAAGUUAAACAAGCGUAAUGGUUUUUAUGAAGAAAGUUUUUAAAUCAUCACUCUGCUAUUUAGAUUGAUAAUAACACUUUCACAUAGGCAUGCACUAGGAAAAAAACCUAAAAUGAACAUUUUCUAACCAUGUGAUCUUAAUGUUCCUUGUGUGUUUUUAAUAAUAUUUUAAUAAUGAGUAACAAGAAUGCACAAUAUGUAAAAAGAAACAUUUGCUGCCAAGUGUCAUAAGCAACAAAGAGGGCAAAAUAUAUCUAAUUGAAAAAACAUUUUUAAAGAAAGUAGGAACUAUUACAGAAAUAUACUUUUAAGGUGAAAGCAAAAUUCAACAGAAAUUUGCAUGUUUUCUUUCUGUUUUAUUUAUUUUUUCUUAAAGAAUAUAAUAUGGUGGUUAAGUUUGUUCUUUGUAUGUUUUUGGAAUGAUUUAUUACUACUGCUGUUUAAGAAGAAAGUUCUUGCCAUGAAAGUAACAUACCUGGUUCAUGUUCUAAUUUUUACGUUUUUUUAUGGUUAAACCAGAUUUUUAACAAAAUAUUUAAUAACCAUCUGCAGGUUUUGUGUUCUUUUCAAAGGUUUGAAAUAUACAUUUAAGACGUGCAUCAUCGAAGAACAAAUACAUAAAUGUUAGAAAAAAUAUUAUCAAUGAUAUUGAUGUUUAUUAUUCCUGCUUGUGUAUAAGUAGGAUGUUGUGUCAUAGUAUUUUUUGUUAACGUUUUGUAGAAUUUUAAGGAUACUUUUGGGAAGUUAUCAAAAUAUAAUUUCAGUUUAAAAUAUUAUAAACA